AUGCCUCAUGGCCCAGUCAAGUUCCGGUCAACGGUCGUCAAGCCAUAUAACCACGACCCCGACCGUGAUAGCAACCCCGCUGCCGACGAUCCCGAAGAUAUCGUCUAUGCCGAAGGCCCGGCCCGCCCCGGCAGGCUAGAAGUCAGGAUACCGGCUGCAGCCGCACCUCCAGCCGCGAUGAUACCUGCAGCCGCGACAUCAUCGCCUGCCCCUGACAGACUACCUGCAGCCGCGACAUCAUCGCCUGCCCCUGACAGACUACCUGCAGCCGCGACAUCAUCGUCGCCAACCCCUGACCCUGACCCAGCCAGGAUACCGGCGUUACGGCCAGUAUCACCAUCACCAGCAAGGGUGGUAUCCGACGUCAUGAUCAAUGAGGACAGGGUAGUCGGUGGAUAG